AUGACGCCAAAACUCUUUCUUACUGGUGCUACCGGUUACAUCGGUGGUUCCAUCCUCGACGCGCUCGUAAAAGCGCAUCCGGAAUGGACCUUCACCGCGCUCCUUCGCAACCCGACCCCGAGGUUCUCAGAGCGAUACCCGAACGUUCACAUCGUCAAGGGCGACUACGACAGCACCGAUAUCCUCGCCGACGCCGCCUCGGAUGCAGACAUCGUCAUCCACUGCGGCAACUCUGAUCACGAAUCCCACGCUUCUCCAUCCUCGCCAGCUUUCUACAUCCACCUCGGCGGCACGGGCACGCUCGGCGACCAAGUCGAGGGCACCCACCUCGGCACCCUCAACCCCAAAGUCUGGUCCGACCUCACCGACAUCGACACCCUCACCUCUCUCCCGCCCACGCGCUGGCACCGAGUUACGGACGAAAUCAUCCAGUCCGCCGCAGACGCGCACGGCGACGCGCUCAAGUGCGCGAUCGUGGCGCCUUCGGAUAUUUACGGGCGCGGGCAUGGUACGGGACGGACGCAGAGCAUGUUUUUACCCGUGUUCCGGGACGAGAUCCUCCGUGUCGGCGCCGCAUUUUACGCCGGGGACGGCACGAACACCCGAAGUUGGGUGCAUGUCGAUGACGUGGCGUGGCUGUUCGUCAAGCUCGUCGAAGAGGCGGUCGCAGGUGGCGGAAACGCCGUCUGGGGAAGACAAGGUUACUACUUCGUAUCGAGCUCUGAAGUGUCGCAGCUUGAGCUUGCGCGGGCGACGGGAAAGAUCCUCAACGCGCAGGGCCUGAUUCCUAGCCCAGAUCCAAAACAGCUCAGUCUUCAGGAAAUCGACAGGAUGCUCGCUGCGUUCGGCAUCCCGGGACUUUCCCUGUACGAAUAUGCGGCGAACUCCAGGAGCAGGCCAGACCGCGCGAAGAAAUAUUUGGGGUUCGAGCCGAAGGGCCCGAGCCUGUGGGACGUGCUGGAGGCAGAUUUACCUGGGACGGGCGACGCGCUCGUGUCAUCCUCGUUCGACGGUAUUGCCAAGAAGUAA